AUGCAGCUCAAGCUCACACUCUUGCCAUUCUUGGCAUCGGCGCUUGCCUUGGUCUCACAACAGACUGCUGCUGCCCCAUCUCCCAUCGGUGCCUUCGUUCCCGCUGGCAACGACACUCGUCCUGUCAUUCGUGCCGAUAACAAUGGAAACUUUCUCGACUCUCUUUUCGACCAACGUGGCGAGCUUCUUCCCAACCCUCGCAUCGUUCUUGAGUCGCGCCAGAGUCCUGCAUUCCCAUAUGGAAGUCAGAAGGUCCGAGGAGUCAACAUCGGAGGCUGGCUCGUAGCUGAACCCUGGAUCACUCCCAGUCUCUUCGACAACACCGGUGACGCUCGUGUUAUUGACGAAUACACUUUUGGCCAAUACGCAAGCAAUGCUUACGGUCGCCUCGCACAACAUUGGUCCACCUUCUACACUGAAGCCGACUUUGCCGCCAUCGCAGGAGCCGGUCUCAACCAUGUCCGCAUCCCCAUCGGCUACUGGGCCUUCGAUACCUCGGCCGGUGAACCCUAUGUCAAAGCCAACCAAGCUGACUAUCUCGAGCGAGCCAUCCAGUGGUCUGCCAAAUACGGUCUCAAAGUGAUCAUCGAUCUUCACGGUGCACCUGGUUCUCAGAAUGGCUUUGACAAUUCAGGCCGUAAAGGAAAUGUGGAUUGGCCGAACGAUCCAAACAAUGCCAAACGUGCCGUUAACGUUAUCUCCACCAUCGCUGCUCGUUACGCCAAGUACGACGGGACAGUAACCUCGAUCGAACUUCUCAACGAACCUGCCGGUUUCGUUGCGGGCAACAUCAUGGAUUACACCAAAAGCUACUACUACAAUGGUAUCUCUGCUUCUCGUUCCAAAUUCUACAACGCUGCGGUUAUGAUUCAUGAUGCUUUUAUGGGUUUACCUUACUGGAACGGUUUUGCUUCUCCCCCUAAAUACCAGCAGAUCUUACUCGACACGCACAUCUAUUCCGUUUUCUCUCCCGACCAGGUCGCAAUGUCGGAAGACCAACGUCUCAACAACUACUGCUCCCAGGCAGACGGUCUUGCUUCAUCCGACAAGAACCUUUGGACGAUCGUCGGGGAAUGGUCCACAGCUCCCACCGAUUGCGCAAAGCAUCUCAACGGAAGAUUUGUCGGAGCGAGAUACGAUGCAAGUUUCGGACGAGGAAGCUACUAUGUGGGUAGUUGUGCGAAUAAGUCUGGUGAUGGAAGUCGGUUUAGCGAUGCGUAUAAGGCUCAGUUGAAGAGGUUGUUCGAGACGCAGGUUUCGGUGUAUGAGAGAGCAAGUGGUUGGAUUUAUUGGACUUGGAAGACGGAGAGUGCCGCUGAUUGGGAUUAUCAGAGAGGUUUGAGGGGUGGAUGGAUCACGCAUAACUUGAACUCCAGGCCUAAUGCUCGUUGCUAA